AUGCGACUCUCGAGGUCGCUGAUUGCGGCCAUCGUCUAUGCUGGGGGCUGCCGCCUGGCUGUCGCGCAGAAUACUACUGAUGUAUCCAGCUUUGUAAAUCUAUUCAUCGGUACUACGGCUGGAGGUCACGUGUUUCCUGGCGCGACGCUACCUCAUGGAAUGGCCAAGGCAGGCAUGGACACCAAUUCCAACGAGCCGCAAGCGGGCUAUGAUGCGAAUCCAGAGUUCAACGUGACGGGAUUCAGUGCACUGCAUGAUACGGGAACAGGCGGAGGCGUCUCGCUCUCGCACUGGAAGAUAUUCCCCGUGCCGGCGUGCCCGACCAUCGAUAACUGCACGACGGAUGUUAAUACCCGAGCUGUCCCACGAGUCCUCAAAGACGACGGUUCUGCUGACGAUGCGGCUAGUCCGGGCUACUUCUCGACAAACCUGACCAAUGGAAUGCGCGUUGAGCUCACUGCAGCCUCCCGUGCCACUCUCCAACGGCAUACAUUCCCGGCACAAGAGGAUGGCACCAUACCUCGAUUCAUCGUGGAUGUCACGAGUGCAGCGGGUAACAGCGCGACGACGCCGCUUGUGUCCAUCAAUACGACCACCGGUCGAGUGACUGCGCUUGCACAGUUUCAGGCAAGCUUUGGGCCCGGACGGUAUACCACAUACGGCUGUGUCGACUUCGCCAUUGAGGGCUCAUCAGACGCACAACUUGUUGACUUCGGGAUUUGGCAGAGCAACACGCCACUCAGUCGACUACAUGAUGCAAAGCAGAUCUAUCUAGGUUUUGGUUCGGAAGUGGGCGCUAUUCUUGGUUUUCAACCUUCUUCCAAUGGAACCACCCCCACGACCCUUCUUGUACGCACAGGUGUAUCCUUCAUCUCGACCGAUAAGGCCUGUGCGAACGCCGAGGCAGACAUACCUGGCCCUGUUUGGGACUUCGAUACUCUGGCAGCAAACGCGCGUUCGGCUUGGAACGACCUUCUAGGACGAGUCAAUGUCACACUCUCUGAUGAUGAUGACCAGGAGGACAUGCGCGAACUACUUUAUAGCAGCUUGUAUAGGACGCACAUCGUGCCUGCCGACUACUCAGGCGAGAAUCCUGCAUGGACGUCAGAUGCGCCGUACUAUGAUUCGUUCUACUGCAACUGGGAUACAUUCCGAACGAUGUUUCCUCUCAUGAGCCUACACGAUCCUCAACGCUUCGCGGACAUCGUUCACGCCAUGAUAGACAUACAACAGCACGAGGGGUUCAUACCCGAAUGUCGAGGCGCAACCCAGCAGCAGUAUAUCCAGGGUGGUUCUGACGGUGACCCGAUUGUUUCCGAGUUCUUCGUUAAGUUCGCCAAUCAGUCGUCCGACCUGGGGGUUGACCCGUCUGCGCUGUACACUGCGUUACUUGCAUCAGCUGAGAACACACCCGACGAUUGGAACUUGCAGGGACGUCAGGCCGAUGCUUGGAAGAUGUAUGGCUAUCUUCCGGCUGAUCUGGUCGAACCCGGCGGAGCGCCAACAAAGGAGGUCUCGCGCGCACUCGAGUAUGCGUUCGGGGACUUCGGGAUCAGCCAGGUUGCCAAGUUGAUGGGAAAUGCAGCUGAUGCUGAGAAGUAUGCCCAAAGGGCAGGCAACUUCAAGAACAACUGGGAUCCGUCUGUUACCAUUCCCACAGGCCCUGCGAACCUCGCCGGGAUGAUGCAGAAGCGGCUCUUGAACGGUUCAUUUGCAUUCACAGACCCUAGACACUGCAGUGCCAAUGACCCGCUGCACUCGACGUGCUUCCUCGAUGCGAGCAAUAUGGACGGGUUCUACGAAAGCAGCCCUCUCACAUACUCUCAAUUCGUGCCGCAAGAUAAUGCUGCGCUCAUUGAGCUGCAGGGUGGGGCGGAGAAGUUCAUAGAAAGGCUUGACUUCAUCAUUGAUGAAGGUUACUUUGAUGUAACGGACGAGCCGGGGCAGCAGAUCCCCUUCAUGUACCAUUAUGCGAAUCGCCCAGGCCUGAGUACCCAACGCUCACGACAAACCAUCGCCCAGUUCUUCAACCUGUCUGUGAAUGGUCUGCCAGGGAACGACGACUCUGGCGCCAUGGGAAGCUAUGCGUUCUUCUACCUUGCUGGCAUGUAUCCAGUUCCAUCGACGCGUCAACUGUUGCUCUCAUCACCUUUCUUCCCGUCCAUCUCUUUCACCAACCCGGUUCUGGGUACCACGACCACUAUCAUCGCGCACAACUUCACUGGUAACCCUGCCGAUGGGACUGGCGGGAACGUCUUCGUAAAGAACGUGACCAUUGAUGGUCAGCCAUGGCAGUCCAACUGUUUUAUUGAGUGGGACGCGUUCGUUCAAGGCUCGACCAUCGAGCUCGAACUCACUGAUGACAUCACUGUACCGUGCGGCUCAACAAAUUCAUCGCUGCCGCCGUCGCUCUCGACGGGCGGAUUCGACUCUGUUUGA